CGCUAGCGCAUCCGUUCCUGCGCAGUGAGUACUGAACCGUCGACAUGGCGUUGGCAAAGUCUGUCUACAAUCUUCUCUUCAGAAGGACAUCCACGUUCGCUGUAACCAUCAUGGUUGGAGCUGUCCUCUUUGAACGAGUAUUUGACCAAGGUGGAGAUGCGAUCUUUGAGCAAAUGAAUCGCGGGAAACUGUGGAAACAUAUUAAGCACAACUAUGAAAACAAAGAAGAAUAAUGGGACACUGGCUGGGGUUCUAUAAGGCUCGAUGGCAUAUGUUGUCACAUUUCCAUUAUCCAUUCUUCAUGGGCUCCACACCUGAAUCAAUUCAACAUGGACAAUGUGCUCAAAGUCAUGCCCAGGCUAUCGGCGGCUGCCAAGGGACCUACGAGAGCCGACAGACGGUCCAGAUCCCGUGAAGAUGGAGCAGUGGUUCCUGUCGCUUCGUCUCCUUCCUUGAUGUUAAUUGUAACGCCUUCGUUUUCCUCACUGAUUGUAAAUUGUUAAAUUAAACAUGUAUUUGUCUAACAUACUUAAGCGUCUUGGUUUAUCACGUUGAAUAGCUUUAAAAAGUUUCUAUGUCCUUUCACCAUGUAGUUAUUUCUAGUAUCUAGGAGAGAACUCAUGUCAACUGCAUGUUUGCAAACUUUUAUUAAGCAAGUGAUUUCUACUUUUUUUCAACCUGUAUUUAACCAGAAAAGUGUAUUGUUGAGGCAGUCUCUCUUGUGUGGGGUUACAGAGGCAGCAUUGAUCUGACAUUAUUUGAUGACAAGAAAAACUGAAGGUCCUGAAGAAAAUCCACACAGAAGCACACACAAGGUGUCUGUUUAACGAGGAAAAGACAGUUGUCUAGUAUAUAUUUGCAGAAAUUGAGUUGCUGUGGGGUUUUCAGCUAAGAGUUCUGAAGUCAUUUGUCAAUGCUUAACAAUUUUGUAAUAUCCCCUCCAAUGAAUGUACAAGUCUUAAUAUCUUGAUGGAGGAUGGCAUAGAUUUUAUACUGGAAACCCUUCCUGUUCCAACCCUCUCACUGUUCCAGGCUUAGGACCAGCACUAGGCCCCUCCAAAGGUCAAUGUGUGUGUCUUUCCGGUCUUGGAUCUUGUGCUUUUAUGGGUGAAUGUGAAUGAACCCCUAUUCAUGCACACUGUUAAACCUGCAUUAAAAGACUGAUCACCAAAAGAAAAAA